UUUUUAUGAAUGCUGAGGGUAUUCAUAUGACAGCUUUCUACCUAUAAAGUGCACGGCGGCGAGGCGGCGGGUGGUGCGGUGUCGCACUUGUUCUGUGUUUACUUCGCCGGAAACGGAGUCUCUUAAGAUCGAGAACCGGCCUCUUCUCCACUUCUAUGAUCCCACAUCGUUAUGGCUGGAGAAGUUUAGAUCCAGUAAUGGCGGUUUAAUGCGAGCUCGAUCUGCGUGGUUCGAGACCGGAGAUGAUAGAGGUCACAGUUAAUUCAUACUCCCUAUAUAAGUAGCUGCCUCGAUUUUGUAUUAUCGAAGGAGAAGAAGAAUUGCAGGCCCAUCUGUCGAGAUUCUGAAACCCUAGUUGGCUAGUUCUCCGCGGUGCGCUGUUAAACGAGUUUUAAUUUGGCUUCUGUACUGCUGAUCCUACUCGUAAAUAAACUCACACAAAAAUGUGGAGUUGACUGAUUUACAUAGAGUAGCCAUAAUGGAGCAGGAGUGGCGGAGCGCUGUUCACUGUGAGCAAGCAGCGCAAGGCUCAGCUAUUCAGGCAGGCUUAGAAUGACAACGCAGGUAAAAGCAGCGGGUUGCUGACACCUCGUUGACGACCCACUUUUUCUCACCUUCCUUUGCAUUCCUCAUCAAUGCAGUAGGCCACGGUGAAAGUUGAAACCCUAAACGCCUUCCCUGACUUUUCCAUAUAAAGAACCAGGAAAAAGUGAAAGCCAAAAGACAAAGGCAAAGUUGUUCUGCCAGAGGAUUAGUAGGUGAGUUGAGUAAAAAUCUUAAAAUCCUAGAUCCCUCGAACAACGAGGGGCAUGAGAGAGGGAUGGAGAAGAACGGGAUCCACUCAAGCAAGCGGUUCAGGAGGGACGAGGAAAAUGGAGACGUGAAAGGGGCCGGCGGCCUCCGACCAUGGCAGAAUGCUUCGUCGCGGAUUAUUAGGGUUUCUCGCGUUUCCGGUGGAAAGGACCGACAUAGCAAAGUGUGGACAGCGAAGGGGCUGCGAGAUCGCCGUGUGCGUCUCUCAGUCUCCACCGCCAUCCAGUUCUACGACCUCCAAGACCGCCUUGGGUAUGACCAGCCCAGCAAAGCCGUGGACUGGCUCAUUAAGGCUGCUGACGCUGCCAUUUCCGACCUCCCUGAACUUGAUGGCAACACAUUUCCGUUGCCACCUGCUAUGGUUUUUCCCGGGCACAUCAAUCAUCCAGAUGGAUCAUCGGCCAUUGACCAGCAGAUAUCGCCGUCCAAGUCAACAUGCAGCAGCGCUUCGGAGACGAGUAAGGGAUCGACACUGUCACUUUCGAGGUGCCAGACGAGAGCGACUGCCCGGGAAAGGACAUCAAAAGAGAAGGAGAACGAGCUGGAUGCAGCUGCCCAUCAGCAUCCAAAUCUGACCACGCCCAGCUCUUUCACUGAGCUGCUUACCGCAGGCUCCACCACUGAAGUGGCCGGUUGCGGCACUGGUUUUGGCCUGAAGCAGCUGAGGCCACAGUUAGCAACGUCCACCGCUGAUUAUUUUGGUCAAGCUGGGAUCUUUGGGCAGGCACACAAAAUUCCUCAAUUGACGCCAGGAUAUUCUUCGAUGCUGCAUGUAGGAAACAACACUCAUAUGGGAAUGGGGAUGAUGUCAUACAAUGCUGCUGCUGUGGGAGAGCAUCAGGAUACGCAACAGUAUUCUUUUAUGCAGGAUCACGUAAUUCCUGUGGCAGCCGUGGCGCCUGGGGUAGAUUAUGACCUUAACGUCUCCGUUUCUUCUGUAUUUACUGGAUUUAAUAGGGGGACCCUUCAGUCCAAUUCUCCGCAUCAUCACCACCUUGUUGAUGGUGCAAACUUGCCUUUCUUCUUCGGUUCUUCUCUUCCAAUUGCAGCAGCAGAGGGAGCCUCCUCAGAGAACCAGUAUCUUGGUGGUUUCAAUGGUCGUCUGCAGGUUUUCUGUAACGAGGCACAUAGGCACCCCAAACUGAAAGGGGAAGGAAAGGAUCGACGUCCUCAAUGAACCUAAAUAAUGUUUCUGCUCACUGGUUCUGAAGACUUCCUUAAGUAGUUGAUUGUUUCAGUUUAUGAAGAAGCAGUAGAGCUUUCUACUGCUAUCCACUGAAGUUAUUUUCAAGAACUUUCUAUGAUCUGUGUUAGCCAACUGAUGUUUGGAGUGUAACACUGACAACUUUCAGUAUUGUUUUUAAUUGUCAACUUUUUUAACAUAUCUACUACAAUCCUGAUUGAAUAUCAAUGAUUUGGAAAUUUUUAUUUUUA